GGCAACAAAGCAGUCAGGCCGAGGUGAAACGUGGGUGAAAGAGAGAGGAGGGUUGGAGAAAAGGGAGGGAGUGGUCGGCUGUAGGGGGGUGAGACGAGCGAGAUGUGAGUAAGAAUGCCGCUUGUUCGUUUAGCAGUAGGGGGAUGAGUCAUGGGAAACGCCGUCAUUCAGGACUUAAUGGGACGCGCGCGACGGUGAAUGCAAUGGCAGUUGGGGAGGGCAAGUCAACCGAGUCGGGUGACCGUUGCGUGCGGGUCGCUGCGGACAAAUCCGCGGUGGGGUUUGUGUCUAACGGAAACGACAGGCAUGGCAACUGCGAGGGUGAGGAAGUUAGCAACGUAGAGGUAGCUUUAAAUUCUUCCGAGAGGGCAUUUGACACCAUGGGGGAAGUAAUGGGCACGCUCAGCGAGCGAGAAUGCCUCGAGUCGGCUGAUGGACGUGAUAGCGUUAGUGCAGAAGUUACGCCUGAUGAUGAUAUCGUCCCGAAGAUUAGAGUCGACGGGGAACGGGGGGCGGGUUCGCGUCGAAGUGGUCCCGUAACCGUAGAAGAGAAGUGUCGACGUAAAGAAGGGUUUAUCAGAGAUGACGACGGGGAGACACAGCCAGUGGUGUGGGACGAUCGAUCAGAUUUAGAUGGAGAAACUGGGCCAGUGGCGGCCUCGCCAUCUCGACCGCUGAAUGAGCGCAGUAGUCGUGACGGUCUGGCAUCGGGCGGUGUCGGUGAGAUCCAAGCUAGUGGGCUGGACGGACAUAGUCAGAUCGACCAGACGUCGAGGAUGAUGGCCAACAAAACCUCUUCAUGUUUCCCCCGCUCUCCGCCCGUAUAUCCACUGCUUAAUGACUCGCCAAGUUCAUCCGUGUCGCAUCUCGCUGGGACACUUGCGCAACAGCAGCAUAGCGGGGGCGAACGCCCAGGCCAUGGUCUGGGCGCCAAUGGCUGCGGUGCCGACAGCUGGACUGGGUCAGAGAUGCAGUUUGAUGGCGUGGCGAUGAUCAGGUCGGGGCCGUCAGACUUGCAGAGCGAAAUGCAGCGGAGAUUGGCGGAUGGUAGUGGCAACUGUGCAGUCCUCGAUACGAGGGGUCGUGGUAGGGACCAGGCGGAAGUUUUCAGCUCGGAUCUGGGGGGGCAUGUCGGGGGAGAUCAUCGGGUAUUCCUCCAGGAGCGCGAAGUUCUAUCGGACGGGAUAGUGCUGACGUCAAUGUCACGCCAGGGAGGACGUCACGUGAAUGGACAUGUCAUCGAUCACGAUCGGCAUGGCUUCGCAGUAGGUAGUGGGCGGAACGCUCCUGUCGCUGAGGUUGCCGACGGCAAUUUACUGCCGCGAGUGUUCUCAUUUCCCACCACGGAGCUCAGGCCGCCGCGUGCGCCUCCGGGACAAUCGGGAGAGGACGGAAUCAUGCGAUCGUCCAGGGCAAGGAUGGACGUGGACCGCAGUGACGACAGGAAAUCGGGCUACGGUGGCUCGCAGAUGGCGCGGCUAGCUCGGCGAGAGAUUGGCAAUGGGACUAACGAGAUGGGAAGGGAACGCGCGGGAGAGGUGCCAGGGGCGUGUGGUGAUGCCAAUAAAGAUGAUGUUGGUGAUGGUUAUGCGGAUGAGAACGCGGUCGUGGGUAGCGUGGAGAGAACGAUGUCCGAAGGGGAAGGACGACGGCGGAGAUUGUCUCGGCAUGGGCUCGACGGUGACCCUGCGGCUACGGCUAAUCCUCCCUCUUCCUCAACUUUGACGGGCUCAUCGGCGCGUAGGCGGUUGUUUGCCAACCUCGAUGUCGACGACACUCCAUCGGUCAAGUUAGGAUCGAGAUUGUCCUCCUCAUCACCUCUCAUUCAUUCCAGCGUGACGACCGAUGCGGCAUGUGCAACGGAUUGCGGGACGGAGGACGGGAGAGGGCAGGAGGAGACUGGGGCUUCUUGCCACUCGCGUCCGUUGCGUGCCGUUGCUAGCGAUGGGGAUGCGGAGUACAACUGUUUCUCAUCUGCAGCAGCGGGAGCGGAGAAUGCCUACUUUCGGCGAGACGCCCGCUCCCACCCUCCCCAUCCUCCCCCCCCCGGAAGGUACCGUGCCGUUGGUGUGCGCGCUAGUGUUAGUGGCGGCUCUGAUGGUAAGGCCAGCCUCGGUGAUCAUGUCUAUAUCGGCGACGAUGACGAGAGCGGUGGUGAGUGUGACGAAUACUGUGAGGCGCACGAUGGACAUGACGUUGCAACUUCAGUGGCGGCAGAAGCAACAGUUUUGCACCAGCCGCUUGGCAGGGGUAGUAGUCAGCAUACUCACCGGGAGUCGUCGAAACUGCGUCGAGCCGCCAUAGCCGCCUCUUUCGCUUGUCUGCUUCCAUUUGACAAUGUGUGCGGUCCCGAUGAUGCCGUCUAUUUGCCAGAUGAUGAUGCGCGCUCGGCGGUCGCAGUCCCCGCGUCCCGUCUACCCCAAACUCGCAGUGAAGGUAGAGAAGGCAAAAGCUAUGGAAGCCGUAGAAGAGAAGCGAAGGGGCGACAUGAGGGGAUGGCAUGUCGAUCUGCUGUGAUAAGGGGCGAAGCUCAGCAGACCACGCCGCGUGGUGUCCUUAAUGAGAAGAUUGAGAACAAGAACUGCUCCUCUCUCGACCGAAAGAUGGUCGGGUCGUCGAUUGGAGGACGUGUGGGCGCGUGUUACAGCCCCCGUUGCCCAACCCCUCCGCCGCUUUGCCGUGAAGAUUCCAUCUUCAAAGGUCUGGACUUCGACAAAGACUUCGAGAGCUCAGAUUGCACCAGUCCGUGCGACGGUCACGCGGAGUUUUCUGGUCCCGCCACAUGGGGCCAGUGUGAGCAGGAUGUCUGUCCAUGCAGCAGUGGGUUUGGAGAGACGAUGACGGCAGGUCUGCCAGCGCCUUCCCCAGGCGAGUCUAAUUUUGGAAACGCGGAUGACCUCCGAACUAUUGAUAGCGCGGAUCGACUGUCAAGAUGCUUGUCCAACGGUCAUCGAGAGUUGUCCGCUGCUGGAUCCCCUCCUGUCACGACGCGGAACGGCGACGUGAGUGCGCUGCCGGUCAGAGGGCUGGUUCGCGGGGGGCGCUCCUUCGAUAGCAGAGGAGAGAGCUAUCCUGAUGGGGAAGAACGGGAUAUGGCAGGGGAAAGGAUCGAGCGCGCAGAUCAGGACGGCACGGAGGUGGCCUUCAGGACGCCAGGUGAAGCGCACCUACCUCCGAAUGUCCACGUGUCAUCUUAUCUUCUCGGUGAAAGAACAGCGCUGGAGAGAGCCUUGCACACGUGUCUGCCGCAGAGGGACCAGAUCAGCGUGCUCCACGCCAGCGUAUCGAACUUAGCGACCGCAAGCCAGCAGGAUGGUUGCCGGAUUCGGCAGCUGGAGAAUGCAGGAAGUGGGUUGCGCUCGUCAGUCUCAGGCAUAUCGGACAGGAUUCAGAACAUCGAAGGGCGGCUACAACCACUCGAGUCUUCUCUUGGGGAAGUAAGAAGUGGUGUGGCAGCGUAUAUGGGUGUGGUUGCACACGUAAGUCAACUUCAAGACAGGUUAGCUUCUGUGGAGGCAUGCCAACAUCAGCAGCUGCAGGCGUUUCUCCUACGUAAGCAUCAAGAAGAGCAGAGCUCAGCUCACGGUGUCUUGUACAGACUCGGGCGUGUUCUUCUCAGCCAUUUGUCCAAGGUGGACAUUUGUUCCCUUCUAUUGUCACAGAAAAUUCUUCUGGAUGCCCAUGGAAUGGAUGGAGGCAAGCAUGAUGCUUUUGCUAUCAGCAUGUCAAGGCGAGGGGAUUGGCAUGGACCAGUUCUGUGUGCAGCAGAGGCACUGGUCAUUGGACUUCUCCGAGAGAUUGCUUCUUCAUCAGCAAGCAGUUCCAAGCCAGAAAUGGAGUCGUUCAGCAUCUCCAUCCGGUUCCUGUCUGGCCUGCUUUCGAUUGCUAGAGUGCCAAUGAAGAAACAACGCUCAGUGAUGGGAGCAGUCUUGUUGAUUGCUGCGAUGGAGACUGGGUGGCGGCUACAAGGUGCCCUCCGUGCUCCACUACCAAAGUUUCUGCAAAGAAUGACUGCCCCGAUGGAGUAUGGUAUGCGAGUUGCACGGAUGUGUGUGUGGAUGUCAGCAUUUGUGGUUGGGACAGCCGAGGUCAAGCGUAUUUGUUUCAGUAUUGCCGACACUAUUGCGAGAGCACAGCAAGUGCAACAGAUGCAAAAGGAGCGAUCACGGCAGCGUAAGAGCGAGAACCCAUGGUUGAACUGCAAAUCAGAGGAGCAGAGAUCGUGGUGGCCGUUGGGAUGGGGUUACGGUACACGCACAUCAGCUUCUCCGAAUGUGUCUAAGCCGCCGAAGGUUGUUGAUGUAUCAGUAUUGGAACCCAACGUGUCGCUUCCACAGACACCAAGACCGUUCACUCUGCCACCACCUGGGGGUCCACAACUGGAUUUCGACAUUGAAGCAGGUCAGGUUGUAAGGAAAUAACUUAGAAGGAAUGAAGAGGAAUGAUGGGGAUGAACAAAAGAGGCAGCAAAUCUUCCUUCGUCAACCCGUUUAAUGUAUAAACCCGUCUUUCUGGCGAAGCUGAGUGAUACAGUUAUGUGAAAAUGUGUUGUGACACAUGCUCUAGAAAGUGCCCCUUGUGUCUGUAGUAGAGAGGACCCUUGGCAGUGCACUUGGGGUGUCGAAGACUGACAGUUACCGAGGCCAUCGCUGGGUUCGAUAUUUCCAUGCUUGGGGAAAUGUGCUCCUUUCUCAGGCCUGCUGUAGUAGCCUACCCUGGCCUUACUGCGUGCUGCCCUCGACUGCACAGGACAGGUGGUUAUGUUGGACACGAAAGCUUUAGAAAUUGAAGAGCAGCGCAGGGAGGAACAGAGAUUGCAGGCUACCGUGAUCGACAAAACAGGUAUGUGCAUGUUUACAGGAUAUAUAGAUUGGGUAGGGGGCAAGCAAUCAGGUAUGAGAAGCCGAUUACUUUACUUUUGGGUACCCAGUGCGGUGUUGCUGUGUACAAUAUGUGUUCGGUUGUUGUUGGCGUUGCAUCAGUACUACUGUGGCUCCUUAUGUUCAUGCGCUUCCCUUUCCCAGAUUGAUACUGUACCAGCCUCAACAAGAGCAUGUGCAAAUGUUCGAUAACCAAGAGCAUGAUCAGUCGUGCUCAGAACGUUUUGUUGUCAGGGGAUUUGGUUUUGGCGCUUUGGCAGCUGAAUAUUGAAAUAGCACCAGGAGCUGGACGUGUGAAGCGCGAAGGUGGGUGAAGCCCUGAACGCGUCGAGAGGUUAAUUUGGAUCAAGGCUGCUGAGGGUGGACGAUGUAUUUUAUGUGGAGCAUCGUGUGUGUGUCCUGUUGGAGAUCAGGCAGUGUAAUAAAAUGUGUAAGCUAAGCCUACCAAAGUCACUGUCAGAAAACGGGAAACUGAUCGGAGCUAAAGGAUGCGGUAAGUGGAAGAACUGAGAGGAGUCAGUGAGGACAUAUAAUGAGGAUUUUGUUCAGGGUGUGGCGGGUGAUUGUGAGACUGAACGAAGCGGACAAAAUGAUGAAGGUGGUGGCACAGGCUUAUGCUCAUCCGUUUUCUUAGUCAAUUAAUGUUGUUUCGUCGUUGUGAUUAUGUCUGAGGUCCAGUACUCCCAUCUCAGCUAAUCGUUUGGCAUUUCGAAUAGGUGAUGGUCUCCAGUUUCCUGCUGGAUCUAAAACCUUCGAUCUUCAUGUCAAUUGCAUUUUCUGAAAGCUGGCAUUCGAGGAGUCAAGCAUGAUCAUGUGAGUAUGCCCCCAUGCAUCGGUGAGCAAGAGGAUGUUCUCUCUAGAAUAGUGGCCCCCUUGGAUGUUGUUAUUAUAUACCUCCCAGCCUCUUUUUCAGGAGGCUGAUUUCUGCCACACGCCUUGAUGAACGAGCACGGGUGCACGUUCUUUUUUUUUUUUGCGGGCUGGCUCCACCCGCCUUUUUUACUUGUAGGCCAAGCCUCAAAGUCG